UAAAAUUUUAUUACUGUCAUUUUUAUACUCUCGCAACAAAGUUGCUAAGGAGAGUAUUAUAGUUUUGUUCACAUAACGGUUGUUUGUAAGUCCUAAAACUAAAAGAAUCAGAUAUAGGGUUAUAUAUACCAAAGUGAUCAGGGCGACGAGUAGAGUUGAAAUCCGGAUGUCUGUCUGUCCGUCCGUCCGUCUGUCCGUCCGUCCGUCCGUGCAAGCUGUAACUUGAGUAAAAAUUGAGAUAUCAUGAUGAAACUUAGUACACGUAUUUCUUGGCUCCAUAAGAAGGUUAAGUUCAAAGAUGGGCAAAAUCGGCCCACUGCCACGCCCACAAAAUGGCGGAAACCGAAAACCUAUAAAGUGUCAUAACUAAGCCAUAAAUAAAGAUAUUAAAGUGAAAUUUGGCACAAAGGAUCGAAUUAGGGAGGGGCAUAUUCGGACGUAAUUUUUUUGGAAAAGUGGGCGUGGCCCCGCCCCCACUAAGUUUUUUGAACAUAUCUCGGAAACUGCUAUAGCUAUGUCAACCAAACUCUAUAGAGUCCUUCCGGCAUUUCCAUAUACAGUCCAAAAAUGGAGGAAAUCGGAUAAUAACGACGCCCACCUCCCAUACAAAGGUUAGGUUGAAAAUCACUAAAAGUGCGUUAACCGACUAACAAAAAACGUCAGAAACACUAAAUUUUACGGAAGAAAUGGCAGGAGGAAGCUGCACCCAGACUUUUUUUUUAAAUUGAAAAUGGGCGUGGCGUCGCCCACUUAUGAACCCAAAACCAUAUCUCAGGAACUACUCGACCGAUUUCAAUAAAAUUCGGCAUAUAAUAUUUUCUUAACACCUUGAUGUCAUGUACGAAAUAUGGGUGAAAUCGGUUCACAACGACGCCUUUUUCCAAUAUAACGCUAUUUUGAAUUCCAUAUGAUGCCUUCUCUGUAUGAUAUAUACGUUAGGAACCAAUGAUGAUAGCGGAAUGAAACUUUAUACAAAUACAAAUACUGCAUUUGAGCAGAGGUAUCCCUUGUGGAAAAAUUGUCGUGAUCGGACUAUAACUUUUCAAGCUCCCUGAUAUCGAACUCGAAGAACUCAGUGCCUAACCUAACCUAACCUAAUUUUUGACCGAAAAUAUCGGUAAAUCUCCCGGAUAAUGAAAUCUCGAUUAUCACUUUAUCAUGCGAGAGUAUAAAAUGUUCGGUGACACCCGAACUCAGCCCUUCCUUACUUGUUAAUACUUAAGUUGUAACCAAGCUUUUUACUGCGCCUGCUUCUUACAAGUAUAACUUGCUGAGGUAUACUCGCCGUGUCCAGGGUUCGUUACUAUAAAUUUGUAAACAUUGGGGCUCUUCUGCGAAUCGUACUUUAUUUUAUUUUAUAUUCUAAUUUUAAUCAAAGUUACAAAAUUGUUCCCGCGUUAUUGUUUCAGCUUUACAACAUUUUAAAUAUUUUCAUUUAGAUGCAAUUUACGAGUAUAUAGCUACAAAUGCCCCAGGAAGGAGUGCAUUUAACAGAGUUGAACGAUGCAUUGCACCUCUCAGUCGCGAACUUACUGGUGUACUAUUAAAUCAUGAUGAUUUUGGGUCACAUCUUGAUUCAAGUAAUCGAACUACUGACUUAGAUCUAGAAAAACGAAACUUCGAAAGUGCGGCCAAUGUGUUGGCUGACAUUUGGAGCAAGUUAGUCAUUGAUAAUUUUCCAGUCGCUGCUGAAUGUGUUGCACCCACUGUUACUAGACUGGAUAUUGGACAGGCUAUGAUGUUGAAAAAUAAUGCUACUUGGUAUGCUGAUCACAUACGUGAGUCACAAUAUUUUUUACAAAUAGUUCAAUGUGAAACUAUUGCAUGUUGCGGUGUAAGACGUUAUAGUCUUUGGAAAUUAUUAAAAGAAGGAUAUUUACCACCACCUGUGUUAAUUAAACAGACAUCAGAAGGUUAUGGAGUCACAGGGAGUGAUGGCAACCAUGCUAAGUUUGCUCCAUUAUUACUACAGAUAUUAUUAAAUCUCCAAGCAUCAUUCCAUCUGAAACAUGUUCCAUAUCAUAGUUAUUGCCCUAGUGUCGAGUCACACUUGUUCAAAAGAUCGUGUAGCAUAUGUGGCCUAUAUUUUUCUUCAUAUUAAGCCGCCAAUCAACACAAACAAUCACAUAAAAAACAAGAGCUGUUACCUAUCGCGAAAAUUCGUCCUCAAAGAAUUGCGGCACCGCACAGGCAUCUCCGCCCGCGAGCGUACGACCGGCAGCGCAGGCGAAUCAACCUCAAGGCAUUCUGGCCAGAUCAGCAAUCGAAGUGCAUCAGCCCGAUCUGCAUGUGAAAGCAGCAAUGAUUCCUCGCAUUAGCCCGCCUAAUAUGAACGACACCAACAUCGAGUCUUAUUUUUUGUCACUGGAAUUCUGGAUCGCUGCUACAGGUGUGACCCACGAUUCACAAAAAUACAAUCUGGUCAUUGCACAAGUCUUACCAAGCAAGCUAAUGGAGCUGAAGGCGAUAAUCGAUUCUACUCCCUCAAUAAAUCGUUACGACUACGUCGAGUCCAAACUUAUAGCUCAAUUCGCGGAUAGCCAACAACGACGCGUACAUCGUGUUCUUUCCGAUAUGCAAUUAGGCGACUUAAAACCAAGUGAACUGUUCAACGGUCAAUCGACCUCUGGGCCUCGCGUCUACCUCCACACGCUCAAUCUGCUGUUAUCGCAUCAAAGGGUGACGUAGCAGAUAAAGUUGCUAUUGCAGAAGCUAUCGCGGACUCCAUGAAUUUUCGACAAAUUAGUAUGGUAGGUAACCAAGCACCGGCAACAGGCACCUCCACGCGAACUAACAAUGAGUCAACCACGCUAGAGGAAUUGAGGCAACUGACGAGGCAAAUCGAAUCCACAAAAACGCACCGAUCGCGAAGCCGUAGCCGUAGCCGACCGAGACAAGAACGAAAUACACGCCAGGAUUGCGCACAGCCAAACGAAUUAUGCUGGUAUCACCAUAAAUUUGGGGCCAAUGCUCGAACUUGUAGGAAACCCUGCUCUUAUAAUAACAGGCAAAAUAGCGAAUGACUAUCCGAAACGAAAACUGCAGCGCCUAUCGGUAACGGAACUCCUGCAGUCACACACCGCUUGAAACUCUUCGACGGACUUUCUCAAUACAACUUUUUAAUAGACACCGGGGCAGACGCAUCGGUAAUUCCCAAAACCACUCGAAACAACAACAAGAAGCCAUCAACCGUUAAACUGUUUGCGGCAAACGGCACCCCAAUUACCGUAUACGGUGAAGUGCUUCUAAAAAUCAAUUUAGGCUUAAGACGAGAAUUCCUUUGAAACUUCCUCAUCGCCGACGUUACGAGCGGAAUUAUUGGAGCCGACUUUAUGAGUCACUAUGGACUGUUGAUUUACUUAAAAAAGAAACGAUUAGUCGACAACCUAAUUUCAGUGACAUCGCCUGGGAAGCUCGUAAGUAACAAUAAAUCUAUUUAAAUAAAAAUGAAUCGCCAAAAUGUAUGUACGCUCAUAACUUUCAUACUACAUACUGAACCAAAUUUGAUAAUUCUUUCUUUAAAAUAUUCAUUGAGGUUCAGGGAUGGUUUCUGCGGAGAAAAAAAUUCGAAUAAUUGCCGGAAAACCCCUAAAAACAGCCCAUUUCUUUUUCUCAUACAAACGAAUGAAUGUUUGUUCGUUAGUAACGCUAAGAAAAUGGCUUACCCAAUAUUGAUGAAAUUUUAAGAGGUUGUUCGUUGUGGAUCGGGAAAGGUUUAGAAAUAAAAAACCUAUAUGUCUUCCAUGGGGAAAAGUCGGAAAAUUGAAAAAAUCCAAAAAGUUGAUUUUUUCCAUACACAUUUUUUUAUUCAAUUUUUUGGUUUUGUUUUUCCAUUUUUAAAUCUUUCAAAUUUGGCGUUUGCUUCAAAAAUUUUUGAAAAUUAUUCAGUGAAAAUGUUAUGUGUUUUUCACACAAAGUGAUCAAUUACAGAUUGAAAUUUGUCACGAUGCCAUGAAGAGGUCGCGAUAAUAUCGGUCAGCGUUCUUUUUGGCAUCAACAUACAUUAGCAGCCCAAGGCACAUGAACGAGUACUCCCAGGAUUCGAUGUACGUGUAUUAUUGGUCGCGAUCAAUCAGAAAGCGAUCGUCACGAUGUCACAGCAAGACUUUUCAAGCAACAGCUUCGAUGGACAUUAUUUUGAAGCAACGCGUAUAUGGUGCUGUUAGAUGCUAGAUGUACUUUGUUGAGUGGCAAACGAAAGGUUUGCGAACGCACACAUUCUUCUUUGGAUUGUGGAUGGUGGUUAUACCAAAUCAAAUUCAUGAAAUCAUUCAAUAAUGCGGCAAUUCCUUAUGCAAAGAAAGAUCCAGCAUUGUACGAAGUGAUGAAAACCAAUAAGGUUCAUGGACCUUGUGGACACCACAAUCCCACUUCGGUUUGUAUGUCUCACAAUAAAUGCACUAAACAGUAUCCACGCGCGUUUCUUUCGGAAACAUAAACUAGAAAUGAUGGAUAUCCACUCUAUCGGCGUUGCUCACCAGACGACAAAGGCAGAACAUUCAGCAUCCAAUUUAGAAGAGUGAAUAUCGAAGUUGACAACACAUGGAUCGUACUAUAUUCACCAUUAUUGUCUAAUUCACAUUCAAAACUUAUAUCAGUGUUGAGUUUUGCAGCUUGGUGUAAUCGAUAAAAUACGUUUGUAAAUACAUCACCAAUGAAAGCAACAUGGCGAUUAUUGGUCUUGAACGAUACGGUCGAUACGUGAACUGCAAUAAAGGGCUUUGUAGGGUAUUUACUUUUGCAAUUCAUGAACGUUUUCCGACUGUUGUGCGUCUCGCAGUUAAUUUGGAGAAUGGCCAAAGAGUGUAUUUCAACCCAGAGAAUACUGUAUAGCCAGUGGAAACAUCGCCAGCAACAAAAUUAACAUUGUCGAGUUUUUUCUCAACUUCAGCCAGUGAUCCGUUUGUGAGAAAAUUGCUCUAUUCGAAAAUGCCUUGAUAUUAUACAUUGAAUGCAUCGUCGAAGAAAUAAUUACGCAGAAAGCAAGGCCAACCAGUAGAUUGACAUGCAGGUGUGUUAUCAACUAAUGCAUUAGGAUGAAUUUACACAAUCUACCCGAAAAACGACGAUUGCUUCUACAUUUGGUUGCUAUUGAUUAAUCGGCGGUUCAACUUCAUUUGAGUCAUUGCUUACUGUGAAUGAUACGGUAUGUGCAGCUUUUUGAGAAGCAAGCCACCAAUUACAAUUGCUGGAACAUGAUUGUUUAAAUGAGUUAAGCAUCCACCCCCCUCUACUCGGUAAAACUGGCGCAUCCUAAUGCAACAGUGCAAUUCACCACAGGAUGCCACUACGAUACAACACCAAUACAAUUCACCAUACUUGCACCAACCCGGCUAACAGAAGCAGUGGACAGCGGAGAGGCUGACUUUUAUUCGAUCAUAAACUUGCGCAAGGACACUACGCCUCGUCGCCUCACAAUUCGCUACCAACAUUCGCCACGUCAACAAUUCGUCACGCACUCCUCGCUGAGACAACUUCGCAUAUCAAUUUUCGUUGUUCCUACACCCAACCCGCGCGCUGUAAUUAACUAUCGUUUAUACACAUUGGAUCGGAUCAAUCCUGUAUGCGGCGUUCAACAAUUAAUUCGACCGCGAUAGUGCUCAUCGGCUAAGUUCCACCUGAUACCCUUCAUUUAUUAUAUCGUAUCUUGGCUGUGCAAAUGCCUUUAUAUACUUAUGUGCUUAUUAUGCACAUUUAUUGUUAAAUGAUAAGUGUCAAAAUUAAUCCUUUUAAUUAAAUUAUAUUGCAUUGAAGCCAUAAAAAGUGUUUGUCUUGCCCCCCGAUUAUUCAUGGUCCUUCGAGCCAUAGUGACAGGCACUAUGGAUUUUUAAACAAACAAAACAAUCAAUCGAGCCAAAAGAGAGUAGUGUGCUAAAAUAAAAAACAAAAAGUGUAGUGGGCCAAACGAAAAAAAAAAAACCAGUGCGCAGUGAAAAAAUCAGUGCAGUGACUUAACCAGAACAGAAAUCAAAAAACAACAACAUAUUCUUAUACUUACGUAUAUACAUAUAACUAAUAAACAAAUAAAAAUCAAGGGAAGGUGUAGUGAACAAACAAAACAAACAAAAAAUAAAGUGCAUUUGAAAGAUAAAGCUACUAAGCAGUUUAGUAAAACAAAAAAACACGGUGAAGUGACAAAAAAGAAUGUUCAAACUUAAGUAACAUAUACAACAAAAAACCAAGUGUCGUGACUCGGCAAAAAUAUAUGCAUACAAGUAUGUAUAUGCAAUAACAAAACUGCGGUAAUAAAACAUAAACUUACAGAACCAAAACAUACCAAACAGUUUCAGCAGAAGGAAAAAUAAAACAGUAAGCUAAAACACAAAACGGGCGCGAAAAACCAAAGCACCAAUAACAUAAAAAAAAAACAACGGGCGCGAUAAUUACAACAAAUGAACAAACAACAGCAGAAGGAGGUAGCCAGCUGGAGCUCAGAGAGAGGAACAAAAAGCAGAAGGCGAUAACAUAUGUGCAUAUGUACAUGCAUCCUGCAAAGCUUACCAUACGAGUACAAAGUGAGAGUAUUAUGUUCUUUUUAAUUUAUUAUAUGCAAAUACAUACUAUGUAUUGCUAAAGCGCCGCUUCAACGGCUUGAUAAAAAUAAAAAAAAAUUCUAAACACGGUAAAAGCAAAAACGCAAUACCGCUUAACGCAUUAUACAUUUAUGUAUAAUUUAAUAAAUAUUAAUUGAAUGGCUACUGUAUGUAUGUACAUACAUAAGUACGAUUGCCUUCGUGGGGUCUUAACACAAUUAACCCUCCAACAAUACUUGAUUAAGUUAUAAGCAGGAUUGCUUUAAAUUAUUAAGCGAAGGCAAAAUUUAAAAUCAAAGCAUAAAAAGCAACACAAAAAACAGACAUACGUAUCUUUCCAUAUACUUAUAUUCUAAAUUCUAUAACAAAAAUAUAUACUUAUAUACAUAAGUGCAUAAGUGCCUUCACAUCACUCAUUUUCGUUUUUGCACUCUUUUCGCAGUGCGAACAUACUCAUGUACAUAUGUAUGAACAUUUAUAUAUAUGUACAUAUGUAAGUACAACGAUAUAAAAUCCGCCUAUCUCUUACCCUACAUUGAGUACUGGCAAGUUAUUAAAAACAAAAAAAAAACAAAAAUCAAUUAAUCUGAUAAUUCCAAAAAAGUAAUUUUAAAUUCACUUACAAUACGGCGGUAAUGUGAAAUAAAAUUUCCUUAAUUUUAAUUGAAAAAUAUACUCAAAUCGCGGUUAAAUAAAAACUUUGGGCAAUAUCCCUUGUUCUUUGGAAAACAAAAACAAGCAGGAUUGCAUACAAAAGGCAAAUUGAUCUCUCUAACGAGCUCUCAAUUGCUUACGAACAAAGCAUAUUCAUACACACACACUAACAAUUCGUGCAUACUUAUGUACAUAGCGCAUUGAUCUCCUCAGCGAGCUCUCAAUUGCACAAAGCAAAACACGUACAAGUCCACGCAUUAAGGUGUACCUAAAUUCAAAACAUUUGGACAUCGAAUAUUUUAAUAAAUAAAAAGCGCGGGUUUAAUUGCAAUUUACAAUUUAUACAUAUUCAAAGCAAAAUAUAUAUUAAAAAAAAAAUAACAUUUCAUAUAAAUAUAAUACGAUAGUAAGAAAGAAAAAAAUCAAAAAUGAUGAAAGUUGAUAAUAAUCAAAAUACACCUGCAGGAGCUACACGCCCAAAACAGGUUGCUAAAUUUAUUUCAGAAAGUGACAGUUUAACAAGAUACUGCACUAGAUUUGCCUCUUCACCGAUUCAAGAAAACUCCGAAUCCUUAUUAGAAAUAAAAAGCCAAAAUCUUGAAAAUUUCUGAACUCGUCUCCAAGCGGCUCAUGACGCCAUAGUAGAAUCUGACGAUUCAAACGUACCACAAAAUUUGAAACAAUCGGCUUACGCAAUAUAUGAAAACUGCUUAGACCAAUAUGAAGAAACAAAAGCUAUGAUCUCCGAUCAGUUAAAGCUAAUAAAAGCAAUUGUACCUACUCCACAUCCGAGAGUAGAGCUGCCACAAAUGCAACAAUAUCAAGAGGCAAGUUCAGGCAUCCAACUCGAGUUGCCCGCUUGUGACACAGAAACCUUUUACGGAGGUUAUGAAGAAUGGCCGUCCUUCCGGGACAUGUUCACGGCCGUGUACAUAAACCAUCCUCAAUUAUCACAAGCGCAAAAAUUGUAUCACCUCAGAUACAAAACUAAAGGUCAGGCAGGCAUAAUAGUAAAACAGUUCGCUCUUAAUGACGAUAAUUUCAAUUUGGCUUGGGAAGCUCUAAAAGCUAGAUACGAAAAUGAAAGAAUACUGGUCGAUAAACAAGUAACGACACUAUUAAACUUGCCUAAAAUCAAGAAAGGAACAAGUGAAGAAUUUGUAACACUACAAUCCACUGUUUCUAAUUGUUUGUCGACUCUGUCGACACAAAAUAUUCCCACAGACAGCUGGGACCCAAUUCUGGUAAACAUUUGCACCGCCGCAUUACCAGAAAAGUCGUUACUUCUAUGGGAGCAAUCGCUCUCAUCUCGAAAAAAGUGCCCAACGUGGCAACAAAUGAAAGAUUUUCUCACCACCCAAUAUGAAAUUGCGGAAAGGUUAGAAGAAAAAAUACUCAAAUCUAAGAACAAACACGACCAGAAUGAAAGCUUAAAUAGUCCCCAAGUUAGAAACAAAAUCAAUUCAAACCAAAACUUUUACAAAACGCAAUCGUUCACAUCCGAACAGAAAAAACAUACGUCAUGCGAACUAUGUAAAAGAGGGCAUAAACUUAUAUUUUGCCAGAGGUUUAAAAACUUAAAUAUUAACGAAAGGAACAACUUUGUCAGGUCAAAAGGACUCUGUACAAACUGCUUGUCCCACUCACACAAUCUUAAAAAUUGCAAAAGCAAAUUUAACUGCUUAUAUUGUCAUAAAAGACAUCAUACAAUGCUUCAUUACAGCAGAUAUCCCAUCUCACCUCAAAGAAGCUCUUAUACACAAAGAACCACAGGUUUAAUUGCAAAAGCAAAUCCUGAAACCCAAAAUUCGAAAAAUUGCCAAGAGACACCAUGUUGCUCAAAGGCACAAAAAGCUCAAACGCUGCACAUCGAAACACAAAGUGGACCAGUUUCAAAACUAGUUACCACCAUACCAAAACAAGGCCACUAUAAUAACAAAUGCCUUAAUUCACAAUUAAGGAAAUUUCAAAAGUCAAGGAAAAUUCUCCCUAUAAUAAACAAAACUCUCGAAGGUCAGUAUUGUGAAGACUUCUCCAAAGCCACAACUACUCGACCAAAUAAUGGCCGGUACGUCGUACGACUACCACUAGAGCCACAAUUUUCCAAUACCUGACAUAUUGGUAGGAAAAACAAAGUAAAAUUUCGGUCUAACAAUAUUUAAAACUGAAAUAUAUGUUACUUUUCGACCCCGCAGGAUGGCUUUCGCCCAUAAUGGAAAAAACACAAUCCUGAAUAAAUCCUAGAGCGGGGGCGGGCUACUAAACGCCAAAUUAGUGCAUAAGCACUUAAACAUAAAAUAAAACAAAAGUGUCUCGAAAAGUAAAAACACAAAAAAAAUCGACACUUUUCAUACAAUAUUGCCCCACAGAGGCCUAAAUUGUAAAAUAGGAAAAAAAAAAAACUAUCGCCCCUACAUAAGUGCUCCUCAUAAGGGUAGUUGGUGAGAAUCUGUUGUAAAGCAUGAACAUCCCACUUAAAAAAUUUUAAUUCUAAUGAAGCCGUUCGCAAUUACCGGCCACUCUCUCGCAAGAUCCCUCUAUUGGCACAGUCCUAACUCCAGGGCUAGGGAGUACCCAUUCUGGCCAUAUCUGAGCCAGGCAUGGAGCUACUAUCCUUCAUAAGCCAAGAAUAAAUUAAAUGCAAACAAUUGCCGAUCAUACAGAAAAGGCAAAUAACAAACAAUCCACUUAAUAAAACGAAAAAAGAAAAAAAAUCGCAAACACAAAAGGUUUUCAGUCAAUCGAAUAAACCCGCAAAAUAAAGUUGCUUCUCUUAAGCACCUACCCGCAUAUUAAAAUGCACAUUUAAAUACACGUGGCAUGUUUAAAACUAAAAUCCGUUCUCUACACACACGGAUAAAUACGAGUAUAUUACAACUCCAAUACUUCUGCUGUCAGAACGUAUUCCGCGCUUUGGGUACUCUACCAGAAGUACUCCGAAAUACAUGCAACAACGUGUAAUACUAGGCAAAAUAUUCGCCUAGGGGGCCCAGGAUGUUUAAAUGAGUUAAGCAUCCACCCCCCUCUACUCGGUAAAACUGGCGCAUCCUAAUGCAACAGUGCAAUUCACCACAGGAUGCCACUACGAUACAACACCAAUACAAUUCACCAUACUCGCACCAACCCGGCUAACAGAAGCAGUGGACAGCGGGGAGGCUGACUUUUAUUCGAUCAUAAACUUGCGCAAGGACACUACGCCUCGUCGCCUCACAAUUCGCUACCAACAUUCGACACGUCAACAAUUCGUCACGCACUCCUCGCUGAGACAACUUCGCAUAUCAAUUUUCGUUGUUCCUACACCCAACCCGCGCGCUGUAAUUAACUAUCGUUUAUACACAUUGGAUCGGAUCAAUCCUGUAUGCGGCGUUCAACAAUUAAUUCGACCGCGAUAGUGCUCAUCGGCUAAGUUCCACCUGAUACCCUUCAUUUAUUAUAUCGUAUCUUGGCUGUGCAAAUGCCUUUAUAUACUUAUGUGCUUAUUAUGCACAUUUAUUGUUAAAUGAUAAGUGUCAAAAUUAAUUCUUUUAAUUAAAUUAUAUUGCAUUGAAACCAUAAAAAGUGUUUUUCUUGCCCCCCGAUUAUUCAAUGAUAACCACUGGAAUCAAACGAUGGGCGAUGCGAUAGCUACUUCGAAUGCAAUUUAAUUUCGCACACUUUUCGUUAUGAUCAUUUCGACCCUUCAAAUCAGCGUCAAUUGUGGUAUUCGAACCAAAAUGACAUUGCCGAAGAUAUUUUAUAUCGUAUUAGCUAGGAAUUGGAAAAGGGAAAAUUUCGGUUGAUUCUUCCAGUGGUUUGAUAUCAUUUUUCCCUGCCUAUCCUUAUCGUAACUACGAUUCCUUAAGUGCACGUGCAAUGCUAGCUGCCAAAAAUACCGAUGUUGUUGACUUAAACUGGAAGGCUCAAAGUCAAAUUCCGGGACACUUGCGCUCAUAAAAAUCGAUCGAUCGUCUUGACAAUGAAGACGACGCCGUGAAUUAUCAAGUGGAAUUUCUAAAUUCUUUGGAGAGACUUGGUAUGCCAUCGCAUCAUUUAUGUUUCAAAGUUGGAUCUGUCGUUAAUAUGUUUCGCAAUCUUCAUGCGCCGAAAGUGUGUAAUGGAACCUGACUGAUUGUGACGCAGCUAUCGAAUACAAGGGGCAGAACGCUUGAUUCUACGAAUUCUUUUGAGUUCCAGCGAUAAGCCGCUGCAGUUCAAACGUAUUCCGUUUCCAGUAAAAAUUCCAUUUGAGAUGAUAAUCAACAGGACACAAGAAUAGUCGCAUAGUGUGUGGCAUAAAUUUAGAAAUGCAAUUUUUUUCACACGGCCAGAUAUACGUGGCGUGCUCACGAGUUGGAAAACCAUCUUUUCUGUGCACCGGAACAGAAACCAAAAAUUUUGUCUUUCAAGCUGCGUUACAUUGACAAAAAAAAUGAAAUGAUAAAUUUAACUUUCUUUUCAUUUUAAAACACAUAAUUUCACGCAGGACAACGGCUGCUGGGUCAGCUAGUUAUCAAUAAAAACAUUCGACACCUCAUGCGCAUAUGCAGGCCUACUGAAAGAGUUUAGCAAUUUAACACGCAUGGCACAACCCGGAAACCCAGCCGUAUCCUCAGCCGUUAAUCACAUCGAAACUCGCGGCCCACCUCUAUCUGCACGACCAAGACGCCUUUCACCAGAUAAACUGGCAGCGGCUAAAGCAGAAUUCGAAAGUUUAAUCAAAUUGGGCAUCUGUCGCCCAUCGAACAGCAGUUGGGUCAGCCCUCUUCACAUGGUAAUGAAUGCAGACGGUACCUGGCGACCAUGUGGAGAUUUCAGGGCACUCAGCAGUGUAACA